CAAAUAACAAACCCAAUACAAUCUCCUCUUUAUUAUAAACCCUCAAAUUUUGCCGGCCUUAUACCGUUUCCUCUCAAUACGGCGUCGUUUUAGCGUCCGCGACAUUUCUAUUUCGCUUCCUUCGUCGGUUACUAAAAUACUCUCAAAUCCCUCACUUUUUCACUACUGCGAGUUGACUCGGUCUUCUCAACUCAACCCAACUCGUUCUCUUAACUCAACUACAUUCUCUGCAUUUUAUAGUCUCUCUCUCUCUCUCUACAUUCGCUUCUGAUCCGUACGAUUCAGUAUUUUAGGUGUCAGGAAUGUCAGAGACAGCACUUAAGGAUCUCAAUACUAUUCCCGUAACUGAAAGGAAGAGCGAGGGCUCUGGUAAGGCGUGUUUGACCAAGCCUCCUGUUGACAAUGCUAAUGAAAAUAUUGAAGAAUGUCAAAAGAAGAAAAAUUGUUCCUCUUUGGUUUCCCCACAUGUUAACGGAAAUCAGGCCGUGCCUGCUGAAUCUGUUGUAGAGAUUGGAAUUGUAGAAGUAGAAUACAUUGAAUCUGAGAACUUGAGCGAUGUAGAAGAUACUGAUACUUGUCUCAAGACGCUCUUAGCUGGACUUGACUCAAAGGAUUGGGUCCUGCUUUGUGAUACUCUAAAUAAUGUACGUCGUCUGUCUAUAUUUCAUAAGGAAGCAAUGCUUGAUAUUCUGGGGGAUGUGAUCACAUAUAUUGCAAAGUCCCUGAAAAAUCCUAGGAGUGCUGUUAUCAAAACUGCGAUUAUGACAUCUGCUGACAUUUUCAGUGCAUACAAUGAUCUUAUGAUAGAUUCACUGGAUCCUCUGCUAGUACAGCUUCUACUCAAGUCUUCCCAGGACAAACGCUUUGUAUGUGAGGCAGCAGAGAAAGCGUUGAUAUCAAUGACUACUUGGAUUUCCCCGAUUUCUUUGUUACCAAAGUUGCAACCAUACCUUAAGCACAAGAAUCCUCGUAUUCGUGCAAAGGCAUCAAUGUGCUUUUCUCGAAGUGUUCCACAACUGGGUGCCGAAGGCAUAAAGACAUAUGGCAUUGACAAAUUGAUUCAAGUAGCUGCAUCCCAGUUGAGUGAUCAGCUUCCUGAGUCCAGAGAAGCAGCUCGAACCCUCCUUCUUGAGCUUCAAAAUGUGUACGAGAAAUUUCAAGAUCUCAUUGUAGAAGCCACUGUCUCUGAGAAUCCAGAGACAGGAUCUUGGGAAAACUUCUGUCAGUCAAAACUUUCCCCUUUAAGUGCUCAAGCUGUACUUCGUGUGACCAGUAUUGCUCGGGAGGGUCUUGUUUCAUAACACCCAUGAACCUCAGUUAGUUUACUUCAUUAUUUCCUCGUUUGUUUGCCAUUUUCUUCUGUAAAUACAGUGAGACAAUUGAGAUUAUUUGAGUUGCCAUCGAAGCACGUAUUGAGCCAAUGAUUUAUGAUGUAUUUUUUUACUUAGCCGUGGUUACCUAUUUUACCCUUGAUUGAUAUUUGAUAGAUAUAUAAAUUACAUUACUUUUGCCAUCU